AUGUCAAAAUCCUUGGCCAUUGUCAAGUCUCUGGACCACCUGGUCCUGACCUGCGCCAGUGUGCCAGCGACCAUCAGCUGGUACAGCAGAUACCUCGGCAUGAAGCCCGAAACAUUCACGCCGCCGUCAGAUCCGGCAAUCCAGCGUCACGCUUUGAAGUUUGGGUCGCAAAAAAUCAAUCUGCACCAGAAGGGCAAGGAGUUCGAGCCCAAGGCCGCGACCGCCCUGCCGGGGACCGCUGACGUGUGCUUUCUGGUGGGCGACGAGUCGAAACUGGAUAACCUGGUGCAAGAGUUUCACAAAGAGGGGAUCGAGGUGCUCGAGGGGCAACAGGUCGUUCCUCGUACCGGAGCACGAGGCAAACUUAGGAGCAUCUACGUCAGAGAUCCAGAUGGCAACCUGGUCGAGUUAGUGGCCACAUGA